AUGGAGGCACAAAAUGAAACUGGCCUGUCUGAGUUCAUCAUCCUAGGUUUUAAACUUCUGCAGGAGGAACGUAUUUUUCCCUUCAGUGCAUUAUUAAUCAUCUAUCUUUUCACUGUGCUGUGGAAUACCUUCAUUGUAGUAAUGACAUUGGUGGAUCAGAGGCUCAGAACUCCCAUGUAUUUCUUCCUUGGGAAUCUCUCCUUUCUUGACAUUUGCUACACUACCACCACAAUACCCCAGAUGUUGGCUCACCUUCUCUCUGAGAGAAGCAACAUUUCCUACAUGGGUUGUGUGCUCCAGGUGUAUUUUUUCUUCUCCUUUGUUGGCACUGAGUGCCUCCUUCUAGCAGUGAUGGCAUUUGACCGCUAUGUUGCCAUAUGCAACCCUUUGCGCUACACACUGAUUAUAGGCAAAACAAUUUGUCUCCAACUAGCCAUGGCCUGCUGGACUGGGGGUUUCCUCAACUCAGCUGUGCAUACAACUUUUGCUUUCCAACUACCGUUUUGUGGGAAGAACUGCCUUGAUGCUUUCUACUGUGAUAUUCCCCCACUACUGAAGCUAUCAUGUGGUGAUACUUCCCUUAACCAAAUCCUCUUGCUAUCUAUUGGCCUUUUCAUAGCUUGGACUCCAUUACUUUGUAUCCUUUUGUCAUAUACCUACAUCAUUUCAACUGUCUUAAAAAUAAGGUCUUCGGAAGGGAGACAAAAGGCUUUCUCCACCUGUUCCUCUCACCUCACUGUAGUCCUUUUGUACUAUGGCAGCUCCAUCUUCACUUACCUGUCUUCAAACAGCAGUCACUCCUCAAAUUAUGCCAGGCUUAUUCCAGUGAUAUACAGUGUCUUGACACCACUCUUAAAUCCUAUCAUAUACACUUUACGCAACAAGGAUGUAAAGAGUGCCUGGAGAAGCAUGAUUAGACAUACAUAA